ACGCCCUAGCUGCUCGCUGUGAGAGCGGCAGCUCAGCGCCCACGGCUACAGGGCGGCGAGAGACGCGAGAUGGCCCGAGGCCGUUCGCGAGGCCGCCGCUGACGCUGCCACCGGCUCUGCAGGGCGCAGGGCCCCGAGCCAGCACCAGUUCCAGUUCCAGACCAGGAGGCAGGUGGCCAGGGAGGGCCAAAGAGGCUAAGCCACCCAGCCUUAUCAGUGAGUGCAGCGGGCAGGCGGACGAACGGGCGUUGCAUUUGUGUAUUGCAACAACGCACGAUCAGUGCACUACGGUGUGGUGUGUGCACGCCGUAAGCCUCCAAAAAUCGUUAGCGGGCGCACAGAACCAAACGUAGUGCAUAGACAAGUUUCACUGCCAUAGCAGGCAGGCGAUAUAGCGACUUAACCAGCCCAGCUACCACUGCACUGCCAUAUUCUUUUACUAGGUAUGAUGAUCAAACCAGUGAGCCAGUCUAGCAGUAUAUCGUGUGACCCCCGCUAAAGGGCUCUGCGACUGCAAAUCAAAGCUCUCCAUACGGCGAACGUCGUUAUUUGCACAUCGUUGAAUGUGAACACAUGUUGCUCAAUAGAUAAUAAACAAGGAAGGAAAUCCGCGAGUGCAAAGUCUCGCGCUAUUCGGCAGAAAUGGUGCAGUGCAUUCGUCAGUCACAGUCAGCGUAGAAGAAGAGAUCACACUGCCUAUUAGGUCCAAGGAAUGGUGUUGACUUAACUGAGAUAGAAAGUGGAGAGGAAAAAAGGCAGAUGCUCGAGAAUGUUAUAACCAUUCAUUCCCAUUUACUUCUAUUUGCUGGAGUUGCUGGGUUAAAAAAGGCCAACAAUAUUCGGUGUUUCGUACGAAAUUUGAAGUGAAAUGCAAAAAAAGAAAUGCACGAACGGUGACUAAAGUGCUAGUCGAUUUGCGAAGGGUUAAAAAUCUCACUGCCAAAAAUCUACGGCAAAACCUGCCCAAAGCGUGGAAGCUAGACACUCGAGACAAUAAACAAGAAAGCAUUAUACUAAAACGAAAGGUGUCAACCAACGAACAUACCGUGACCUCCGUGAUCCUGAGGUCUUGCUCAAGUACAAUUAGAAAUAACAAGGCUGGCUUGAUUAUGCUCCAAUCGACGUACUACUGCAGGAAUAGAAAUCAAAUCACUUCUAUCCGACAAGGUUUUUCUUCAUUGGAUACGUUAAUCGUCAAAAAAAAAUAAGAAGAGUAGAUAACAGACGUCACCCAACCAUUUGCCCUCCUGUUGUUGUUAAUAUUAUUGGAUCUUAUUAUUGCAAGUACUUGUAGUAAAAAUCAAAUAGAUUGCUUAAUUCUUAUUAUUAAGAAAAAAAAUAAGGUGCACAAUGACGUACCAGCACAUCCUGCGCUCGUUUCCUCGCUUGCCUGGUGAGGUUCUCUUAGAGUUCGAAUUGCCGUUGCCUCGAAACCUUACUUGCGUGAUUUGUCAAUCCGUUUCCCCGGUUCUCUUCAGAGCUGGAUGUUCCCACAGUUUUUGUGGCCAAUGCCGCCUUCAACUCCUACCAUCAAAUCGUACGAUGUUUCUUUGUCCAAUAGACGGAAUAGAAAGCUGGGCGGAGAAAAUGUACAAGGAUCUCAACGUAUGGAACAUUGUGAAAGAUUUUCGGGUGCGAUGCAACUAUUCGGCACUCGGUUGUGGAUUCCUGGAUACGCUUGAGGAGUUCGCUGCGAAUCAUCAGUCAAGCUGCCCGUAUCAUAAAAAGACAUGUCCGCUCUGUCAGGAAGAAUGCCUUUCGAAAGACCUAUUCGACCAUCUGGGUUCAAAAUGCGCUAAACGGCCACUAAGUUGCCCACUAUGUACUUUUAAUUUUCACAGAGAACUUUUGCAGGAACAUAUGAACGAGUGCCCUAUGCGAAAGAUUGACUGCGAAUACUGCCAUGUAAAGGAUGUACUUGCUAAAGACAUGGAUGCUCACCUAGAUGCCUGUACACUCAGGCCCUGGUCCUGCACGUUAUCCGAGUUCGGAUGCCCAUUUAAAGGAACCUGCAAAGAGCUUCUUGAACAUCUUACGUUUGAGGACCACGUCACCCUAAUUAACCAGAGGUUCCGAGACAUCGCUAUGACAAACCGAGAUCAGCAGGAGGAGAUCGCGCACUUGAAUGUACAGUUAGAUCAGUUAACCAAUAUUGUUAAGGAUGGCAACCGUCGAGUGGCGACGGCUUUACGGUCAAUAGCGUGCGCGCUGAACAUGCAUAAAGAAGAGAACCGGAAGUUAAAGGAUAGACUCGACGAGAUGAUAAUUAUUAUUGGACGCAACACUCAACAACUACAUCAGCAGGCCUCACGUAGGGAUGGUCGGCAUCCGUGCUACGUGGAGGUGACGACAUCGCGGCCUUCAUCAGGAGCCGAGCGAGGUGAUUAUCGGGUCUACCACAAGAACUGACAAAUAAGAUGGCAAUAAGUGUAGUGCGAGUAGGGAGCCAACAGAGGGACAAGCGCAGACAUCGGAAAAAAGCGUGCCAACAACAGAAAUGGCAUCAAGCAGCAAAAAUAGAGGCGAUGAUAGUCAUAAGGAUAACCACAAUAACGGCAACAACAGGACCAACAGGAGCCGCCAGAUAUAAGCCAGUCAUUGUACUAACGACAGACCAAUUGCCAACGAUAUAUGAUAAGAAAAAAAUAAACUUAAGAAUUGGUGACAUAUAACUUUUUUGGUUCACACAGAUUGCUUAUUUGGGUUCUUGACGAAACUAGAAGCAAUGAUGCCUAAAUUCGUUCAACCAGAGACUUGGUCGUGCAAGCCAUUGCAUCAACCGCGGUAGUAAUGUAUUAUAACUAAUUUCGGCAAAAGAUAUGACCAAUCAUCAUUAAAAUAUCAAAUAUAAGUUUUCGAUUUUCUCGAGUUUGAUGGGGUAAUAGUAUUGUAUUAAUCAAAACAGCCACAUUCGACCAAAGGGACUAGUCUUUGAGCAUGGAAUAAAAGAAAAAGCAUAAAUUAAAAUAAGGUACAAAUUAUCUAAUUGAAACACAAACUCAUUGAACAUUUGUAAUAUGUUAGGUGGAGUAUGAUUUUUUAAUACAUUAAGAUUACAAGCAGCAGAAAAACAGCAUGUAUGAAAGAUCGAUAAAUAUAUAAAAACAUCAAUCUAUUAUUCCACCAAAGGACGAAAGGUCAGGUUAUCCAUACAUGGUGAAACAAAUUUAACUGGUCGUAAAAAUUCCACUUGGUUAGGUAUACACGACAUUAAGAUCACAUUACAAGCUAUAGAUCUUGCUAUCAUGCUUUAAAUAUAACUUUAUCUAUGGGUUCUUCCCAUGACCCAAAUGAAAACGACACCAGGUAGAUGUCAUUGCCAAAAUAUGGUCUUUUAGUAAGUAAAAUAAAUGGGUCUGUUUUACGUAGACCUUGCUCUUCAAGCAACAAUAAAAGGCAACACCUGCUCGUAUAGCUUCAUAGGUGAGGUGGCCGUGGAACGGAUUUUCGAACAGAAAGAAAAUCACUCAUAGCUUAAAAAAUGUUUCGUUUGUAGAAAAGCUUGAUCUUCGAAAACUCAAAUAUUACUAGUCUAUUAUCCAAAAAUGUAUUCUUUUCUUGCGUUUCUUACCCACGUGCAAUCAAAUUAGACAACUUGCUUCAAGCGUCAAAAUUUACAGAUUUCAUCAUAUUAAAUCACUGUAUGCGGGAGAACUACUGUGAGAUGAAGACAACGGAUUGUGAACAACUUAUAAGAAGUAGACCAAGAAGAAGAAGACCAGUUGAAUUCUACGAAAUAAGAGGGCUGAGUUAACACAGCAAUUGCUGCUAAACAAUAUUUUAGUUUUAUGCAGUUGUUAUCAUUAUUUUUUUAAUGGUUAAAGGGAAGUGGAUUUCCCUUCUAUUGGAAAUUAAGGCACUUCUACUGGUGAAACGAGUGGCAAAUAUGAAAGAUAAAAGAUGUCAUAAAAGGAGAAGUAGAUCGAAUAAAGACAGAACAUCAGAUGUGUCCUUGUUGUUGGCUGUGUGGUUUGUGAUCCAUUGUCGUCGGAUUUGGUUACUUACCACGCGCACCUUUACUUAUCGUCCACCACUCUGGCCCCAACUCAUACACUCGUUGCCAUCAUUCUAAUUUAAUAAAUAAUAAGGGUAAUACUUAGUAAAUGAUGCUAAAUAACCACAAUACACACAUCACUCAUAAUAACAAAAAAUGAAAUUAAUGGGAAUCUAACUCAAGAAUCAAACUAGCAACAAAUUCCGAAACAAGAAAUUACUGGAACUAUGCAGAUCAACACACAAAUGCAGAAACGGGGGGAGAUAAUACCACAUAAUAACGUGCUAUUAAGAAUAAUAACCUUCACGAAUAGUGGUAAUACGUAAACAAAUAUGAUUAGUUCCACUCAAAAGUAAUGGAAAUUUGAGGUGCUUUGCACAAAUGGACAGAAUCAUCCACAAAGACCGCCAUUUUUAGAAUACAUAGCUGAAACAGAUUUUAGGAGAAGAUUAACAAUAGAUUCACUGAAUCCCAGUGUAGCCUACCUUGGCUGACCUUAACGCCUACCGUUAUUAAAACCGUUUAGGUUGCACUCAGAAAACCUUAGAAUACUAUGCCCUUCAAUUUGUAGGAUUAUAUGGUGUAUAGUGCAUCACUCUCAGGUCCCUCUCACCUUAAAAUGGAACCUAACUAUGUAAAUGUUUGAGAUGUUGAUAUCUGAAGUCUAGUAGUUUAUUUUAUUGCGUUCCCUGAUAUUAAGACAAACCAGUAUGGAGCCGAUUUCGCCAAUUUCUGUCUCGGACUGUGUGCUACAAUACAGGCUAAACAGAUACAAUUUAUCUUUGUGUUAAAGCAAUAACGUGAAGCCUUUUCUGAAAAUAAGAUAAUCGAAGAAAUCUACCUGGAAUGAGCACAGGCUAUAGAACAGACAACGGCUAGAAAUUAAAAAGAAAAGUCUUAAACCGCGAUUUUAGUUAUUUAACAACAGAAACUAGACGGAGUAGCAUACACUCGCUUUUUGAGACGGUGCUUAGACAGAAUCACUUAAUAGAUGUAUUCCCGGGUCAUAAGGCAUCCUGUAGUCCGAAACUUCAGGUAGUAUGCCAACACAAUCUAGGCCGAAAGGAUCGAUAGGCUGCAGCUGCUUCAUUCCCAAAAAUUUUGAGCCUGAUCAAUUAGCUUCAGAUUAUAGUAACUAAUAUUUAUUUUACAAGCUCUAUUUUUUAAAAAUAUAUGUGCAACUUACCAUGCAGUUAGAACAAAAUUAGCUAUGUAGUUUAUACAUAAAAAACUAAGAGAGAUGAACAGAUCAUCUAAACUGCGUGGUUGCACGGGGUUCUUUUUAUUUGACAGAGACAGAUUUCUACCUUAAUUGUAAUCAGUAUUUGGGUUCGUUCAGCAAAUACCUUUUUUUAUAGUCAAUCGACGGAUUUUGUAUCUCGCUUCAAUGACGGCAGCUUAAUAAACAGGUCAAACUCUAUCCAAAAACGAUUAGUGUUCCAUACCAGAGGUUCUAAAAUUUUGUUAGAAAUGAGAGGAAAAAUCAUGAAUAGCCGAUGGUCAAAAUAUAACUGUUAAGCACCAGGCCUGCAUCGCUCAUAGAUCCCGCCACUUGGAUCAGGUCGGGGAAUAUAACUUUGGACAUACUGUAAUAAUUAAACCAUUAGUAUCUGAAUGAUAUAUUGUUAAUGCCAGACCACAACCUAACCUGGGUGAACCAAUUGACGACGUUCAAUAUUCUAUGCUACAGUACAUCUGCCUCGUGCUAUUGGAAAUGAAUAUUAGUCUCGUUUCCUAUAUACACACAGACACACACACAAAUGAUGCAUAGUGACAGAAACUUGUGAGGCGAUAUGAAUGGUGAAUGACUAUAAUGAUGAUAUGUGAGAAUUAAUGAAGGAUGAAAAAUGUGAGAAAGAGAUAUCAGUGGACAGGCCAUCCAAAACUACGCAUUGAAUAAAUGAGCUACGCAACGAUCGAUUGAUAGGGUGAUGAAUAAACAAAUAGAGCUUGGUGAAAAUAAUGACAAAUUGGCCAGUUUGGCACUUCUUAGUGAGUGAAAAUAGUCGACACUGCUAGCCAGCAGAAUGGCACCGCUUUGCAGUGCAGAUAUUAGUAUCUGAUUUGAAGGCAAGAAAAAGCAUUAACCAACAGAGUUCUUGGAAAAGUUUCACAGAUAUGAUGAAAAGCGAUACAUAUGCCGAUGAGUGCUAACGGUUGCUGAACUGGAGUUAUCGAAAGCAACCUUUCUGGCCCUAUGCACAACAACCGAACAGUUAGUCCUUUACUAAUCCAAAGCAAGGACAGACUAAGAGCAUAUUUACCGAAACUGGAUGCAUGAAUCAAUAUGACAAAACGGUGCGCCAAAGUGAAUUAAUAUGCUUGGAAACGAAAAUAUGUAGAGAAAGACGCAUAGCAUUGUCUUGUUCUGAAUUGGGUUACCUUAUGAGUGAAGGCAUACCCAUUACACCCCUUGUGGUAAGAUUACAGGUGCGGCCUAGUGGGAUGCCGAUGUAAUCUCCGCUGCGUGGUACGACAGAAGAAAUCGUUAGAUUUAAUUUGGAACUAAGUAAUCUUGUAUGUUCUUGACGUUACAAGAAGAAGCGGAUGAGUUUAUGAGGAAUAUCGAAGAAUGCUCGAGGCUACUGAGGUGUCGAAGCGCGAAUGUAAUUAAGCAGGAAACGUCAAACCGACAAAGCUAUAGCAAAACACGUUUAAAAUGAAUAAAGAUUAAAUAAAACUGAGUUGCUGUUCUUGUAAGACGAUUCAAACAAAAAAUAAACUGAGCCAGUUUGACAUUGUGCCCACGAAAAGCUGGGGCUGCGAAGCCAAGUUGCACCAUUGCAAAAAAAGGAACCCUGCAAACUGUCGAUUCACUGUUUGUU